CAGCGAGGGGAGCCGUGGGGGGCGCAGCCCGUGCGGACCCCCGGAGCCACGCAGGAUGCCCCACGAAGACCCGCCAUCGCUGCAGAGACCCCGCUAUGGCUCUAUUGUCGACGAUGAAAGGCUCUCUGCAGAGGAGAUGGAUGAGAGGAGGAGGCAGAACAUUGCUUAUGAGUAUUUGUGCCAUCUAGAGGAAGCCAAAAGGUGGAUGGAAGUCUGCUUAGUGGAAGAAUUGCCACCAACCACCGAACUGGAAGAAGGGCUUCGGAAUGGAGUGUACCUCGCGAAGUUAGCCAAGUUUUUUGCCCCGAAAAUGGUAUCAGAGAAAAAGAUCUACGAUGUGGAACAAACACGUUACAAGAAGUCUGGCCUUCAUUUUCGACACACGGAUAAUACCGUCCAGUGGUUAAGAGCGAUGGAAUCUAUUGGUCUACCCAAGAUAUUUUAUCCAGAAACAACAGAUGUCUAUGAUCGGAAAAACAUACCAAGAAUGAUAUAUUGCAUUCAUGCACUGAGUUUAUAUCUGUUCAAACUAGGAAUAGCACCCCAGAUCCAAGAUUUGUUGGGCAAAGUAGACUUCACAGAGGAGGAAAUCAGUAAUAUGAGGAAAGAACUUGAGAAAUAUGGGAUACAGAUGCCAUCUUUUAGCAAAAUAGGUGGUAUUCUGGCCAAUGAACUGUCUGUGGAUGAAGCUGCAUUACAUGCUGCAGUUAUAGCCAUUAAUGAAGCUAUUGAAAAAGGAAUAGCAGAGCAGACCAUUGUAACACUCAGAAACCCAAAUGCAGUUUUAACUUUGGUGGAUGACGGUCUUGCACAGGAGUAUCAGAAAGAACUCUGGGAAGCCAAAAAGAAAAAAGAGGAAAAUGCUAGACUAAAGAAUAGCUGUAUUUCAGAAGAAGAAAGAGAUGCAUAUGAAGAACUGCUGACACAAGCAGAAAUUCAAAGCAAUAUCGAUAAAGUCAACAGGCUGGCUGCGGUGGACCACAUCAAUGCUGUCAUUCGGGAAGGUGACCCCGAGGUUACACUGCUCGCACUGAAGAAACCAGAGGCACAGCUCCCUGCUGUGUAUCCCUGGGCUGCUCCAAUGUACCAGAAUGAGCUUUUCAACCUCCAGAAGCAGAACAUCAUGAACUAUCUGACCCACGAGGAGCUCUUGAUUGCAGUGGAGAUGUUGUCUGCUGUUGCUUUGCUAAACCAGGCCUUGGAAAGCAACGAUCGUGUGUCUGUGCAGAAUCAACUCAGAAGCCCCUCAAUAGGCUUAAACAAUCUGGACGAGGCAUAUGUAGAACGUUAUGCAAAUACACUACUUUCUGUGAAACUUGAAGCAUUAUCUCAAGGGCAAGAUAACUUAAGCUGGAAUGAAAUUCAGAAUUGUAUUGAUAUGGUUAAUGUUCAAAUUCAAGAGGAAAAUGAUAGAAUUGUAGCAAUAGGAUACAUCAAUGAAGCUAUUGAUGAAGGGAAUCCUUUGAAGACUUUGGAUGCUUUGCUGUUACCUACAGCUAAGAUUAGAGAUGUGGACCCAGACUAUGCUCAGCACUACCAGGAUGUUUUACACUAUGCUAAGUCACAGAAAUUUAGGGACCCGGAGAGUGUCUCUAAAGUUCUUUGGCUGGAUGAGAUACAGCAAGCCAUCGAUGAGGCCAACGCUGACAAAGACAAGGCAAAACAAUGGGUUACAUUAGUUGUUGAUGUUAAUCGGUGUUUGGAGAGGAAAGAUUCAAGUGAUACUUUGUCUGUAUUGAAGUCUUCUAUUUGGAAUCCAGAUGACAUCAUUCCUGAAUGUGCUGACAGGUACUAUGAUGCACUCACAAAGGCAAAAGAGCUCAAGUCUGAUGGUGUGUCUAGGGAAGGUUCAUGGCUCAAACUCACUCUGCAGGAUAAUAAGUAUGACUACUACUACAAUGUCGACUCACAAGAGAGCUCCUGGGUCAUACCUGAAUCAUGCUUGCCUAAAGAGUCAUGGCUCAUGGGAAACGAAAUUGAGGACAUUAUUCAGAAAGUCACAGAAAAUUACAUUCGUGAGAAGAUGUGGUCUGCCUCAGCCGAUUUGCUCCUUCGCUUUCAAGCCACAAGCUCAGGACCUCUCCUUAUGGAAGAGUUUGAAAAUAGGAAAUCAUUUUUGUCUGAACAAGAAGAGAAUGUGAUCAAAAUACAGGCUUUUUGGAAGGGACAGAAGCAGCAGAAGGAAUACAUGCGCAGGCGGCAGAUGUUCGUGGACAACGUCAGCUCUAUCAUGAAGAUUCAGUCCUGGUUCCGAAUGCGAACAGCAAGAAAGAGCUACCUUUCACGACUCCAAUAUUUCAAGGAUCAUAAUAAUGAAAUUGUGAAAAUACAGUCACUACUGAGAGCAAACAAAGCUCGAGAUGACUACAAAACAUUGGUUGGCUCUGAAAACCCACCAUUAACAGUAAUACGCAAAUUUGUACACCUGUUGGACCAAAGUGACUUGGAUUUCCAAGAGGAUCUGGAAGUUGCACGAUUAAGGGAGGAAGUGGUGACCAAGAUCAGGGCCAACCAGCAGCUAGAGAAAGACUUGAACCUUAUGGAUAUCAAGAUCGGACUCCUGGUGAAGAACCGGAUCACACUGGAGGAUGUAAUUUCACACAGAAAAAAGCUGAAUAAAAAAAAAGGAGGAGAAAUGGAAAUACUGAAUAACACUGACAACCAAGGAAUCAAAAGUUUGAGCAAGGAGAGGAGAAAAACACUAGAAACGUAUCAGCAGCUAUUUUACCUUUUACAGACCAACCCUUUAUACUUGGCUAAGCUGAUUUUCCAGAUGCCACAGAACAAGUCAACUAAAUUUAUGGAUACCGUUAUUUUCACACUAUACAAUUAUGCUUCUAAUCAACGAGAAGAAUAUUUACUCCUCAAGCUUUUUAAAACUGCUCUGGAGGAAGAAAUAAAAUCGAAAGUGGACCAGGUACAGGACAUAGUUACUGGAAACCCUACAGUCAUCAAGAUGGUUGUCAGCUUCAACAGAGGGGCCCGGGGACAGAACACACUGCGCCAACUCCUGGCCCCUGUGGUGAAAGAGAUCAUCAACGACAAGGCCCUGAUCAUCAACACGAGCCCUGUAGAAGUGUACAAGGCUUGGGUGAACCAACUGGAAACACAGACCGGGGAGGCCAGCAAGCUGCCUUACGAUGUGACAACGGAACAAGCUCUAACAUACCCAGAAGUAAAGAAUAAACUGGAGGCGUCCAUCGAGAACCUGAGAAGGGUCACUGACAAAGUCCUGAGUUCUAUCAUUUCUUCCCUUGAUCUGCUGCCUUAUGGAUUGAGGUAUAUAGCCAAAGUUCUGAAGAAUUCCAUCCAUGAGAAAUUCCCCGAUGCAACCGAAGAUGAGCUAUUAAAGAUUGUUGGAAACCUCCUGUACUAUCGGUACAUGAAUCCCGCCAUCGUCGCUCCAGACGGCUUUGACAUCAUCGAUAUGACGGCCGGAGGUCAGAUCAAUUCUGACCAGAGGAGGAACUUAGGAUCCGUGGCCAAAGUGCUUCAGCAUGCAGCCUCCAACAAGCUGUUUGAAGGAGAGAAUGAGCACCUCUCAUCUAUGAACAGUUAUUUAUCAGAGACGUAUCGGGAGUUCAGGAAAUAUUUCAAAGAAGCAUGUAAUGUUUCUGAACCAGAAGAGAAGUUUAAUAUGGACAAGUACACAGACUUGGUGACAGUCAGCAAACCGGUCAUUUAUAUUUCAAUUGAAGAAAUCAUCAGCACACACUCACUACUGCUGGAACACCAGGAUGCGAUUGCCCCUGAAAAAAAUGACUUACUGAACGAAUUGUUGGGGGUCCUGGGAGAGGUCCCUACUGUGGAGUCUUUUCUUGGAGAAGGAGCAGUUGAUCCCAAUGACCCUAACAAGACAAAUACACUAAAUCAGCUCUCAAAGACUGAGAUUUCCCUUUACCUGACAAGCAAAUAUGAUAUAGGGGAUGGAGAAGCCAUAGAUGGCCGAAGCCUCAUGAUAAAGACCAAAAAGCUGAUCAUUGAUGUCAUCCGGAACCAGUCAGGAAGCACAUUGACUGAAAUCUUAGAAACACCAGCAACUGUACAACAGGAACUAGAUCACUCCAAAGACAUGGUGAGCCGUGCAAUCAUAGAUUCCAGGACUCCAGAAGAAAUGAAGCAUACCCAGUCAAUGAUCGAAGAUGCACAGCUGCCCCUUGAGCAGAAGAAGAGGAAAAUCCAGAGGAAUCUUCGGACGUUGGAACAGACUGGACACGUGUCAUCCAAAAAUAAAUACCAAGACAUUCUCAAUGAGAUCGCCAAGGAUAUCCGUAAUCAGAGAAUCUAUCGAAAACUUCGGAAAGCUGAGUUGGCGAAACUUCAGCAGACUCUGACUGCACUGAAUCAGAAGGCUGCAUUUUAUGAAGAACAAGUUAACUAUUAUGACACCUACAUAAAAACUUGUUUAGACAACUUAAAAAGAAAAAACGCCCGGAGAUCAAUUAAACUAGAUGGAAAAGGAGAACCCAAAGGGGCCAAGAGAGCGAAGCCUGUGAGGUACACCGCAGCCAAGCUGCAUGAGAAGGGUGUCCUGCUAGGGAUAGAGGAUCUGCAAACGAACCAGUUUAAGAAUGUUACAUUCGACAUCAUAGCUACCGAAGAUGUGGGCAUCUUUGAUGUCAGAUCAAAAUUCCUUGGUGUGGAGAUGGAAAAGGUGCAGCUCAAUAUUCAGGAUUUACUUCAGAUGCAGUAUGAAGGAGUGGCUG